AUGGAUCAAACAGAUCUUUAUGAUCAAUUUGGAAAUUAUAUGGGUCCAGAACUUGAAUCCGAUGAAGAAGAUGAUGAACAACAAAAUGGUUAUCGACAAGAAUUAGCAAAUGUUGAUCAAACAAGUGAUAUGGAAGAUGAUGGUGAUGAAGCUGGAGGUGAAGAUGAAGCUAUUGAUGUUUCAAAUUUAUCAACAGCUGUUGUAUUACAUGAAGAUAAAAAAUAUUAUCCAAGUGCUAUAGAAGUUUAUGGACCUGAUGUUGAAACAGUUGUUCAAGAAGAAGAUACACAAGCAUUAACUGAACCAGUUAUUGCACCAGUAAAAAAAGCAAAAUUUUCACUUGUUGAACAAGAAAUACCUGAAACAAUAUAUGAUCUUGAAUAUUUAGCUGAUUUAAUGGAUAGUCCAGAACUUGUACGAAAUGUUGCUAUGUGUGGACAAUUACAUCAUGGAAAAACAACUUUUUGUGAUGCAUUAAUUGAACAAACUCAUCCAUAUUUAGCAUCAACAGAAAAUAAAGAAUUAAGAUAUACUGAUACAUUAUUUACUGAACAAGAACGUGGUGUAUCAAUUAAAUCAACACCAUUUACAAUACUUUUACCUGAUCUUAAAGAUAAAAAUUUUCUUUUUAAUAUAUUAGAUACACCUGGUCAUGUAAAUUUUUCUGAUGAAGUUACAGCUGCAUUUCGUCUAUGUGAUGGUGUUGUUAUUUUUGUUGAUGCUCAUGAAGGUGUUAUGCUUAAUACAGAUCGAUUAAUUAAACAUGCUAUGCAAGAACGUCUUGCAAUUACAUUAUGUAUUAAUAAAAUUGAUCGUCUUGUACUUGAACUUAAAUUACCACCACAAGAUGCAUUUUUUAAAAUUAAACAUAUUAUUGAUGAAGUUAAUGGAUUAAUUAAAACGCAUUCUGAAGAUGAAAGUAAUGCUUCAUAUGUUUCACCAUUACUUAACAAUGUAUGUUUUGCCAGUUCAUAUUAUCGAUUUUGUUUUACACUUAAAUCAUUUGCUAAAGUUUAUGCUGAUACACAUGGUAAUGCUUUUGAUUAUCAAGCAUUAGCAAAACGAUUAUGGGGUGAUAUUUAUUACAAUGCUAAAACACGAACGUUUGGUAAAAAAGGUGCUACAGCAAGUUCAUCUCGUUCAUUUGUUCAAUUUAUUCUUGAACCACUUUACAAAAUUCUAGCUCAUGUGGUUGGUGAUGUUGAUAUAACACUUCCUGGUGUUAUUGAUGAAUUAGGUAUUCGGUUAUCAAAAACUGAAUUAAAACUUAAUAUUCGUCCAUUACUUCGUCUUGUUUGUGCUCGAUUUUUUGGUGAAUUUAAAGGUUUUGCUGAUAUGAUUGUUCAACAUAUUCCAUCACCAGUUGCUAAUGCUCGAAAUAAAAUUGAACAUUUAUAUACUGGUAGUUUACAAGAAGAUAUUGUAACAGAUAUGAAUAAUUGUAAUCCUGAUGCACCUGUAAUUAUUCAUACAACAAAAAAUUAUUCAACAUCAGAUGCAACAUCAUUUCAUGUAUUAGGAAGAAUUUUUUGUGGUACACUUAAAUCUGGACAAGAUGUACGAAUUUUAGGUGAAAAUUAUAGUUUAAAAGAUCCAGAAGAUUCAUUUUCAUGUGCUGUUGGACGAUUAUGGGUAUUUAAUGCUCGCUAUCGUAUUGAACUUAAUCGAGUUCCAGUUGGUAAUUGGGUAUUAAUCGAAGGUGUUGAUCAAUCAAUUGUUAAAACAUCAACUAUUGUUGAUAAUUCAGGUUUAAUACGUGGUCGUCGAAUGAAUGUUACAAAUAUUGAUGAUGUUCAAAUAUUUCGACCAUUAAAAUUUAAUACAACAUCAGUUAUAAAAAUUGCAGUUGAACCGGUGAAUCCAUCUGAAUUACCAAAAAUGUUAGAUGGUUUACGUAAAGUUAAUAAAAGUUAUCCAUUAUUAAAUACAAAAGUUGAAGAAUCUGGUGAACAUAUUAUUCUUGGUACAGGUGAACUUUAUCUUGAUUGUGUUAUGCAUGAUCUUCGUCGAAUGUAUUCAGAAAUAGAAAUUAAAGUUGCUGAUCCUGUUGUAACAUUUUGUGAAACAGUUGUUGAAACAUCUUCAUUAAAAUGUUUUGCUGAAACACCCAAUAAAAAAAAUAAAUUAACAAUGAUAGCUGAACCAUUAGAAAAAGGUAUAGCUGAAGAUAUUGAACAAGAAGUUGUUCAAAUUAGUUGGAAUAAUAAACGUAUAAGUGAUUUUUUUCAAAAUCGUUAUGAAUGGGAUAUACUUGCUAGUCGUUCAAUUUGGGCAUUUGGACCAGAUAUAAAUGGACCAAAUAUUUUACUUGAUGAUACAUUAUCACAUGAAGUUAAUAAAACAUUAUUAACAUCUGAACCUGUUAAAGAAUCAAUUGUACAAGGUUUUCAAUGGGCAACAAGAGAAGGACCUUUAUGUGAUGAACCAAUUCGAAAUGUUAAAUUUAAAAUUCUUGAUGCUUCUAUUGCACAAGAACCAAUUCAUCAUGGUCGUGGUCAAUUAAUUCCAACAGCUCGACGUGUUGCUUAUUCAUCUUUCUUACUUGCAACUCCUCGUCUUAUGGAACCUUAUUAUUUUGUUGAAGUUAUUGCUCCAGCUGAUUGUGUAUCAGCUGUUUAUACAGUACUUGGUCGUCGUCGUGGUCAUGUUACACUUGAUGCGCCAGUACCGGGUUCACCACUUUAUACACUUAAAGCAUUUAUUCCAGCUAUUGAUUCAAUGGGUUUUGAAACUGACCUUCGUACACAUACACAAGGUCAAGCAUUUUGUAUGUCAGUUUUUCAUCAUUGGCAGAUUGUUCCUGGUGAUCCACUUGAUAAAUCAAUUGUUAUUCGACCAUUAGAAGCUCAACCUGUAAAUCAUUUAGCAAGAGAAUUUAUGAUUAAAACACGACGAAGAAAAGGUCUUAGUGAAGAUGUUAGUAUUAAUAAAUUCUUUGAUGAUCCAAUGUUACUUGAAUUAGCAAGACAAGAUGUCUUACUUAAUUAUCCAAUAUAG